AUGGUACGUGUCGGCGACUAUCAAAAGGAUUUAAAUGAUAUCAAUGGCUUUGUGCUACUGCGAGACCCUUUGUCGGCCUUUAGCGGCAAUUGCGCCACCAGCAACGGCGAUCUAUUGCCGAUACAAAGCGAGCUUCAAAGGGGCCGACUGUGCUUGCGUCACGUGCCAGCGCCGUUUCGCAACUGCAAUAUUUUUGUAGGAACGUACUACAAUUCUGACAAGCCGUUUGUAAACAAUAACCGGUUCAAAGACGCUGGGUGCCUUUGGGCGUAUUUCGCGCACCCGGCUCUUCGGCGCUCGAACGCAUCGGACCGUAUUCGAAUCAACAAUACGUGCUACGUGAAUAGUGAGGAUGGUCGCGGCUUCCUUUCGCCUCCGACUAGGUGCGCGGGGCGAGAGGCGAUCGAGGAUCGAGAGCCGCGUGCGUCGACCCUCGCGGGCGCUUUGAUCUCGCCGCUCACGUCGGCGACCGCGCCGCAAAGCCCCGAAGAUCCCGCUCUCCUGCCGCCACAGCUACACCUGCCGCUACCACGC